GUUUCGAUCGAGACGCACUUGAGUGCGGACGUGUGGUGCGCUUGGGCUUGCGAUUUCCGAUUUCCUGCUGAGCUCUGCGGUGUCGUCGCAUACUUCGUGCCUUCCGGAGCGUGGAUCCCCUGGAUUUUUGCGGUCGUUGUGCAAGUGCUCGGCAGUCACGUACAGCCGUUGCAACAAGAGUACGAAAGUAUCGAAACUGACGAACCAAAAGCCGCCAGAAGCAACCAAAUCAAUGUGGCAAAUAGUGUACUUUCGAUGCGCGCUCGUUGAUUGAUUAACACAUCACCUCCCACACUCAUACCCAUAGGUACUGCAGUACUUAUUGCUCAGUACCCGCUUCCCUGUGGGUGCAAUCCGCUGGAAUCGAAAACUUCGCGGUGUGCAUCGUCAGCGGAGAACGUUAAAAACAACAAAAGCGAGUUAAGAGUGCCGCGGUUGCAUUGUUUUGACUUUGAUCGUGUGUCGUGCGCUCCGCAAUCCGCAAUCCGUCAGCCGCCCCUCGCCCCAUCGACGGAGCGCGUGCGUGCUGUAACUCUUGAUUAGCCCCGGUCGGUCCUGGAUUCGGAUUGGGAUUGGAACCAAGAUUGGGAUCUUCCAGUGCGCCUGCAUUUUUCCUAGCUUGCCGCCGCCCACAUCCAGCUCUGGCAUUCGCCAUUGCAGCUCGUUCUGUCUUCAGAGCCAACCACUCGCCGGCUGAGAUGUGCGUCCAAUUGGUGGCAACAUUAAUUAUAUAACUACCAAACGCCGUCAAAAUCCCCGCUGAAAUCAAUUGCACAAAAGAAGAGAAAGACUCGCCAAGCGGUGCUAAUGCGAAAGGAAACUCCCCGACAAUCGCCAGAAAUUGCAAAGAAAUAAAUUAUACAAAAUGUCUAUAAAUACAAGACAUUCGCCGUUCGGGCUCGGCGGCGCCCUGCUGCUGCUCGCCGCCUGGUGCCUCUGCCACCUGGCACACUUCGGCUCGGAGGCGCAUGUGGCCCUCACCUACCCACCUGCCCGCAAGUACGACCUGGACUUUCUGGACAACGCGCGGACGAAGGCGCCGUGUGGCAUGCCCAAAGGCUCCAUCCGCACGUCGCUGCUCUCCGGCACGCAGUUCAACGUCACCUGGCAUUUGGCCUUUGCGCACAAGGGCGGCUUUCGGUUGCAACUAUUGGAUGCCCUCGAUCGACCCGUUUUGGACCUGACGCCCCAUGUGAAUAGCUCGGAGUUUGUGAGCACUGGUGUCACGGCCCAGUCCUACCAGGUGAAGAUCCCGAACGACUUCGAGUGCUUCAACUGCACCCUCAGGCUGCUCCGCCAGGCGGAUGAGUGGUCCAACAGCUACCGCUUCUGGUCCUGCGCCGACGUGGACAUCAAGCAGCGCAAGGACUUCAAGGAGACCUGUUCCGGAAACGGCAAGUACUUCCCCUCGCGGUGCAAGUGCGACAAGAACUUCUACGGCCCGCAGUGCCAGUACAAGGACGAGUGCUCCGCGGACUCCGACUGCGGAGUGCAGGGCAAGUGCGUGGACCUGGGAGGCAGCUCGCUGCCCCGGCAGCAGUGCUACUGCAACUUUGGCUGGUUCGGCAUCGGAUGCAACAAGCGGUCGCCCUACAAGAGCACCAGCCUCGACCUCUCCUCGUACUCGAAGAAGGAGCUGUCGCCCGACUACCACGUCUACUGGAGGCUUCUCGAGGAGCAGAAGGAGAUCGAGAUGGUUCUGAGGGUCAACAGCACUUCCUGGGUGGGACUCGGCUGGAGGCCGCGUGGCAUGACGCCGGAGUGCAAGAACUUCCCGCUGAUAAGGGACAUUGGCGAUCUGACCACAACGCUGGAGGCCUCUGCACCGGAACCGGAACCCAAGAGCGAGCCGGAACCCAAGAGCGAGCCGGAACCCAAGAGCGAGCCGGAACCCAAGAGCGAGCCGGAGCCCAAGAGCGAGCCGGAACCCAAGAGCGAGCCGGAGCCCAAGAGCGAACCGGAACCGUCUAGUGAACCGGAACCUAAGAGCGAACCGGAGCCCAGUAGCGAGCCUGAGCCCAAGAGCGAGCCAGAGCCUACUAGCGCACCGGAACCCAAGAGUGAGCCGGAACCAAGGAGCGAACCGGAACCUAAAAGCGAGCCUGAACCUAAGCGAUUAGCCGAGCUUAGAGCAGCACCAGUACCUACGAGUGAGCCGGAACCAAAGAGCGAACCAGAACCGUCUAGCGAACCGGAACCUAAGAGCGAGCCGGAGCCGACUAGCGAACCUGAGCCCAAGAGCGAACCAGAGCCUACUAGCGCACCGGAACCCAAGAGUGAGCCGGAACCAAAGAGCGAACCGGAGCCCAAAAGUGAGCCGGAACCCAAGAGUGAACCGGAACCCAAGAGCGAGCCAGAACCCCCUAGUAAGCCGGAACCCUCCAGCGCACCGGAACCCAUGAGCGAGCCGGAUCCGACUAGCGAACCGGAACCCAAGAGUGAGCCGGAACCUAAGAGUGAACCGGAGCCCAAGAGUGAGCCGGAGCCAAAGAGUGAACCGGAACCCAAGAGUGAACCGGAAGCGCAGGGCGCGAAAUCCAAAAGAGUUGCUGGAGACUUUGCCCAAAAGCAGGGCGUCACCUCCGUAUCCACCAGUGUUUCCUAUCGCGUCAGCACCAAGGCAGAUCGUCAGCGCCGUGAGGCAGAGUCACCUAAAUACCGACUAAAUCCCUACACACCACGUCAUGACUUCAACGGAAUGGACUGCACGGACAUCGUGAUCGGAGCAGCUCGGGGACUGGCCAGCAGGGUGGGUGACUACUACAGCCGAGAUCGCUCCACGCCGCGCAUCGACGAAUUCUGGGGCGGCAAGUCAAACCUGGCUUUGGGCACGGGCUUCGAGGAGAACGGCGUGACCACGAUCAUCUUCCGCAAGAAACUGGUGGCCAACGAGCCCACCGACCACACCCUCGACGAUGCCCUCACCCAUGUCAUUUGGGCCAAGGGACAGGAGCCAGAGUCCGCAGCAGUCAAGAACUUCUAUCUGCCGGACGAGAUCAAAUACCACGGCGGCCAAAUGCAACGAGGCGUCACUCAGAUCAAUUUCUUUGAAAAGGAAAAGUCCGCUACCAGCACGGACCGUAAUGACCUGGGCACCAAUGUGCUGGACAACGAUUGCUUUGGCCACUGGAAGUAUCCGUCCAACUGCUCUCCCCAGGAGCACACCUGCGAGUACUACGCCAGCUGGGAGACGGUCGGAAAGGGCGACGAGAUGCGUUGGCACAUCGAGACGUCGAACACGCAGACCUGGACGGGAAUUGGCUUCAGCGAUGACCAGAGGAUGUCCCAGACGGACGCCAUCAUUGGCUGGGUGGACAGCCGCAGCGGCAGACCCUUCCUCAUGGACACCUGGGUGCUGGGCUAUGCCCCGCCGAAGCUGGACGAUCGCCAGGACAUCUACAACGCCUCCGGCCGCAUCGAGAAGGGAGUGACCAUUCUGGAGUUCAACCGCAAGCGGGUCAGCAAUGACGAACAGGAUCUGUCCUUCACCGACGACCACUGCCUCUACCUGUUCUUCCCCGUUCUCGGAGGCGCCUUCAAUGUGGUCAACAAGAAGAUCCGCAAGCACGAGCAGGUUCCUCCAAUCUCUUCGCAACGUGUCUGCAUCAAGUCCUGCGGCAAGGAACUCGAGUCCGUUUUUGUGGGCACCAGCACCCCGGCUCCCAGCCGUCUGGUCUACGCUGUGGCCGUGAAGUUGAUGAACCUGGGCGAAUCCUAUGAGGCACCAAAACCGGGAACAGUAGAGUUCAACAACCUGGCGGCUACUAUUUCGGAUUCAUUCAAUGGCAUCCUAAGUCCGCUGACUGGUUACUACAAAACCGAGAUUCUUGGAUUUGAAAAGGAGGGCAGCACCAUGGUGGCCAAGGUUCAGACCAUGUUCGACAAGGCGGAUGUGGAGAAGAAGCACGACCUGGAAACCAACGAGGUGGACAAAACCAGCGAGGCAGCUGCUCAGAAGAACGCCGACAAGAUCCGAGCGGCCCUGAAGGACCAGAUAGCCACAGGUCGAGUGGGUUCCCUGACGGUGGAUCCCCAGUACCUGGACUUUGAGGCUUUGGAAUACAAGAGCACCUCCGAGCCCAAUGCCAAGGAGACUCUACUGUCGUUCUUCGAUCUCUCCGAGACCCGCUUGUACAUCGUGCUGGGCCUGAUUGCAGCCUUGGUCCUCAUCGCCUUGAUCCAGGCAUUCUGCACCAUUUGGAAGUCCUCCCGAAAGAGCAAGAACACCAAGGAGAAACUCAUCAAGAACUCGCCCUGGAAGGAGUUCGCCUCGAACACCAACUACGCCUUCGAUCCCUACGGCGAGACGGAGGAGAAGAACAUCAGCAGCAGCACGGCGGGCAAGGAGAAGGCCCGCCACCGCCACCAGUCGACCACGAGCAGCCAGCAGACGACGCUGCCGAUGUCCCACUCCCCGACCAGCAAGUCCCAGAUGUACUACGAGAGCCCCAAUGGCCAGGGCAAGAGCGGAACCAACGGACGCGCCACGCAGGAGAGCAGCGUGGGCGGAGCCAACGGAGGCGGAGCCCCCUACUCCCGCAGCUCCUAUGCGGAGCGAGCCUACUCGCUGCCCCGGCAGGCGCACCACUACCAGCAGAGCCCGGCCAGCAUGCAGCCCUCGGGCUACUACACCCACGACAGGCGGGCCGCUCGCCAGGGCAGCCGGGACAGGGAGCGAGAGCGGGAGCGCGAGGAGGAGCGUCGCCAUCGCCAGGACCGCGACCGGGACUCCGGCUACGAUCGGUCGCGAGACGAUCCGCGGCAGAACGGCGGAUCCGACACGCCGGACUUCUACUUCAUGCCCUCGCAGCGCAAGUACUCCGGGGAGGUGGUGCGCGUCUACGUGGACUACAACAAGGAUCCGAAGCACUAGGCUCAAAGCACAUCCGUCUAUUUAACGCUCGUUUUAAGUCCUAUCAUUCUGUACUCCGUCCCUCCGUUCCAAUCCGUUCUUAGGGACCACAGAGGAAAAGCCUUGGCUUGGGGUCAAUCUGGUAUUCGCGGCUUUAAAGGGUCAAUUACCGUAACUAAAAAAAAACUUGAACUGUUUCCCUUUUAUGGAUCUGUAGGUUAAACUCACAUAACAUUGCGAGCAAUUUGAAUUCAGGUUAAACUUUAACCGUACAUUGAGAAAUAGGCUCUUAAAGUGCUAUUUUCGAUAACACCUAAACGGGUUCUUCCAGCUUUGAAUACACCUUAAUUUAACGUUUCAAAAAAGAAAAUACCCCAUUGACCCCGACCUAAGGUUGACCUGUGCCCCUUCGUUUCCCCGAGCUCUCCCUAGUUUCGAUUUUGCCAUAACGCAGUCUCGCUGCAUCGGCGUUCCAGGUGCGCAAGCUUUACCACAAAACGCACAAUGCAUGAUUCCACAACUUAGUGAAUUGUAAAUAUUUUGAAUAGACUAGAGCUCUUGCAACAAGAAACAGAACAAAGCCACACACAAAUCACGCAAAAUUAUGAAGCAAACUCUGCGCCUAGGUACGUGCAUUCAGAAUGUUUUCGCAUUGUCUUAUCUUAAAUGUGCAAAAAAUCAUAGUCACUGUAUUUAAUCAAAUUAAAAUACGCAAUAAGUACAUAUAAAUAAAGUUAAGUACAUUAAAAACA